GACUCUUCGGACACUCUGGCUGGCAACUCCUGAGGGGCGGGGAAAUGCAACCAAUCCACGAAUGUGUUCGGAAAGCGGCGCUCCGCAGUGGUUGAUAAAGUAUGAUGACGUACCCGCCAUCCAAUCCGCAAGCGAAGGGCUGGGCUAGCGUCAGCCGGUGAAACCACCUGACCCGAGCCUGGAGCCGGAAGCUACCUAUCCGGUAGACAGCGUCUCCGGCACCUACGGCGGCGAUGACUUCCGCACUGACCCAAGGCCUGGAGCGAAUCCCAGACCAGCUUGGCUACCUGGUGCUGAGCGAAGGUGCAGUGUUGGCGUCAUCUGGGGACCUUGAGAACGAUGAGCAGGCAGCCAGCGCCAUCUCAGAGCUGGUCAGCACAGCCUGUGGCUUCCGGCUGCACCAUGGCACGAACAUCCCUUUCAAGCGCCUGUCUGUGGUCUUUGGUGAACACACGCUGUUGGUGACUGUGUCAGGACAGAGGGUAUUUGUGGUGAAGAGGCAGAACCGAGGUCGGGAGCCUAUUGAUGUCUGAGCUAAAAAGGCACUGGAUGGAGAAGAGGACUGCCUCUGGGGCCUGUGGCAGGGGGACACCGUCUCCUACUGUCCUUGCUGGAGCUGGGCUUGUGCUCACCACCUCCCUCCUGACCCCCACCCAAGGCACAAACGCUUAGCCAUGUCUACACUAAGGAACAAGGGAAACUAUGACUAGGGGGCUCCCCUUUCUUCCCUUGUGCGUAAUAAACACAAGUCCAACCCUUCCAGAGCUCA